AUGGAGCAUGAUGAGACAGGGUGCCAACCUCCUCCGGAAGGCCCGAUUCUGUGCAUCAACAACUGUGGUUUCUUUGGUAGUGCCGCGAACCUGAACAUGUGCUCCAAGUGUUACAAGGACCUGAUACUGAAACAAGAACAAGCGAAGCUCGCCGCCUCGUCUAUUGAAAACAUUGUUAAUGGAUCGUCUAGCAGCACCGAGCAGGGGUCUCCUGCUGCAGAUGCUGGGAAUGCGCAGACUGAUUUGGCACAAGUCAAGCCGGUAUCACUGCCAUCAAAACAAGCGUCGAGCUCUGACGAGGCCGGCGAACCCAAGGCUAAGGCUAAGGCUAAGGCAGGGCCGAGUCGAUGCAGCACUUGCAAGAAGCGCGUAGGCCUAACUGGAUUUACGUGCCGUUGCGGCAACCUCUUCUGCGGAGCACAUCGCUACUCUGACAAACACGGAUGCCAGUUCGAUUACCGUAGUGCAGCGCAGGAUGCAAUAGCGAAAGCCAACCCUGUGGUGAAGGCAGAAAAGCUCGAUAAAAUCUAGGGAAGAAACAUGGAUCACACACUUACUUGGUUAUGAAAUGGUUUCGAUUGGAUUCACCUGGCUGUUGCAUUGAGCUCAGUUACUGUUAAAUCAUCAUCAUCAUCAUUGGGGUCGCCUCCUCGCCUUGUGCAGUGCAGGUACCCAUCCAUUCGACGACCUCCAUGAAACUCGUCUUAUAUGUUCUGUUGUGGUGUUAUUGCAUGUCUUUCUUCUGCUGCUGCUGCUGUGUUUCAUCAUGUCUGAAUUGAAUAGAAUAGUGUGAGAGAUUUUAUUGUGUCUUGGAAACACCAUUUCAUCAAGAGACAGACACCUUGUAAUUAUAUCUAUUUCCAAAACCACCUCUCUCCUCUCUCUCUC